GUCCGAUCUAAAGCCGAGAUUUUCUUGACGCGGCUGACCGGCAGUUUGCCCAAGAGUUCAAGUCGGGAGGAGUGGUUUCGGCAGAGGAGCGGUAGGGUUUCUGUAUGACGAAAACCCCACCUGUAGAUACAAAAGGGGCUACUCUCCUGCUCUUUGCUUUUCCUGUCCGUUUUCGCUUUGAUCCCUUCCAGAUACGUUCUCUAGUAACCUCUACAGACAUCCGUAAUAAUCUCCUUCAAUUGAUCUUUUUUUACUAGCAAAACUCCCUCACACACUAGAAGAUGGGAUCCCUUGGUGAUACACCCGUUGAAGUGCCCACAAAACAAGCACCCACAACGCUCAAUGGCAUCGCAGCCGAAAUCACUAGGCUAUCGGCUGAGCUGACCAAGUUCCUUGAGGACAACAAGCUUGACGUCCCGACAUUUGAAGCCGAUAGCCCAACGAGAUACGAUGGACUCACUGCCGAGUCCUUCAUGACACGGCAGCACCUGAUUGACAGGAUCAACGACAUGUGGCUGCUGGCCCAGGGUCCCAGCGAGAGUAUAUUCAACUACGUCCACAAUGCCAUGCCCGACGCCGCGUGCCUCAACGUCCUCAACUACUUCAACUUCUGGGCCGCCGUGCCGCUAGACGGCAGCGCCUCGUACCAAGAAAUCGCCCAGAGGGUCCGGCUGCCCCUGGACGUGACCCGCCGCGUCGUCCAGCACGGGCUCACCAUCCGCCUCUUCGCCAGCGACGCGUCGACGGGCCCGGGCCGCGUGCGCCACACGGCACGGUCCGCGGCGCUCGCGCGCGCGCCGGGUCUGCGGGCGCUCGUCUCGACGGUGCUGGACGAGGCCGGCGCGCCCAUGAUGGUGAUGCACGAGUCGCUAGACCGCCACAGCAGGGGCAGCGAGACGCUCAGCCCCGAGAUGGAGCACACGGCCUUUGCGCACCUGCACGCCGGCAAGGGCGGGGACGGCCAGGGGAGGCGCUAUGUCAACUCGUGGGACAUGCUGGAGAACGACGGCGAGGGGGAGGACAAGGGCUGGCGGCAGAAGAACUUUGUCGAGUUUAUGAGGUACCUCAAGGAGAUCUUUCGGUUUGACGAUGUGCUCUCGCACGCGUACGACUGGGAGAAGCUUGGGGAUGCUACUGUUGUGGAUGUCGGCGGUUCAGCAGGCCACGACGCCGUGGUCCUAGCCCGCAAGUUCCCUUCGCUGCGCAUCCACGUGCAAGACCUACCCAAGGUGGCACCCGUCUUUGCAUCCUCCGUACCGGCCGACCUCUCCUCGCGCGUCACCUUUACGCCGCACGACUUUUUCAACCCGCAGCCCGUGGCGGGGGCCGACGUGUACAUACUCAAGAUGAUACUGCACGACUGGCCGGACCACGAGUGCGCGCGGAUCCUGCGGGCGCUGAUCCCGGCCCUCAAGCCCGGCGCCAAGGUGAUCCUGGUCGAGUACGUGGGCGGCGCCAACGAGGACGAGGCGGCCGCGGCCCUGCCGGACCCGGCGGUGCCGAGGAGCCUGACGCAGAUGGGCACGGCGACGGACCUGAGGCUCAUGGCGCUCUUCAACGCAAAGGAGAGGCCGCUCGGGGCGUGGCGGGGCGUCUUUGCGGCGGCGGAUCAGAGGUUCAAGGUCAAGGACUGCGAGCCCAAGCCUGGCGAGUUCUUUGCCGUGAUUGAGGCCGAGUGGACUGGCUGAGGGAGGGGGGGGCUUGUGAUGCCUUGGUGUGUUUUAGCUCCGCGAUUCUGGAGAAUUAAAAGUAAAAUAUCCGUUUAUAAGUCUACCAAAAUCAACACAUUUAAACUGCCACACA